AUGAUUAUGUUACCGGACCUGGAUGAUGUUGUCAGGCUCACCAUUUCAGUGGAGGAUACCGCUUCUGUAGAAUGUGCUGGGCUGGAUCUGAGUUUCCCUGCAGAGCCUAAGCAGUCUGUCCGUGUUCUUUGUGGAUUUGAGAAGGUCACUGUGGCCCCAGGUAAGACCGGACAGGCUGGACUUACCAUAUGGUGCGUCACCUAG